UCACAUCACCCUCCAAACACAAGUCCUCUCCCUGUCCUCUGAUUGCACACUUUCUCAAUCGAGUGCCGGUUUGUUCAGGACCAAAAAUAGAAAAGCAUGUCUGAAAUACUCAGGGACAAUUUCGACACAUCCUGUAAAGUGUGUAUAAAAUGCAUUUUUUUCCCCCCACUUUCCUCUUCCAUUGAUGUUGAAUUAGUCCUACUUUGGCACCUUCCUGGCUACUGUGGAAGGGAACUCUCAGUGCCACAUUUAGCAAAACUGGCUGUUUUUACAAGUCGACAAGAUCAACAUUAACAAUCCAUUUGCUCUGGGCAGGGCUUGCCGCUUGCAGGGGUAGAAUAGAAGAAGUGGGGAAAAAAAAGUGCAUGAGCCAGUCUGUGGAUCGGCUAGCUGUGUGUUCUUAUUGUACGGCAUAGGAAAUUUCAGUGACUCAUGGUUCACCCACAUUCCAAGGUCACGACUUCCUGCUUUUUUAUCACAAACACUCUAUGGUCCCCGAGUGAAAAAGGGAAAAAAAAAUCUGUUUCCAUUACAUCAAGUCCCAUUUGAAAAUGUUGGCAAUGUAUUGUGAGGACUUUGGUAAAUAGAGUGAGAGCAGAGGAUUGGUCACCUGAAUGAUUGGCUUUCUCUCUCUGAUUGUGUUUGAGUCAGAGUGUUUGUGUAGUGGUGAUCUGAGCUUCAGAAUAUGAAUGGAAUGUCAGGUGUCUCCUGUGGGCAUUGUUUUCAGUAAUGGAUGAACUUCAAGCAUUGCUUUAAUCCACUCUUCCCAAUCAUUAAGUAAGGUUACAGCUAAACAGAGUCAAUAAUUAUGAAGAACAUACUUAACAAAAGUUGACGGGCUUCCUGAAACAAAACUAAACAAGGCCUCAGACCUGGUAAGAAAAUACAUUUGCAUUAACAGUUAACUACUGCACCCUCAUGUGAAUAUGCCAUAUCAUAUGGUAUGUGUCUCAACUGACCAACAAGUUUCCAGGAGACACUGCCUGCCGGACACAAAUACCAUUAGUAGCUGCUGAGGUCCUUAGCAAACCCUCCAUCCAUGGCAGUCUAUAUAUCAUCCUUAUGACCCCAAGCCCUAAUGAGCCACAGGCUGUCCUGAGAUCAUGACUAGCCGAGGGGAGACUUUCCCCAGCUUGUACGGACAGUACGCCCUUUUUAAAGAAACACAUGGGCUCAAAAAAACAGACUUAUAUGAGUAGUUAAAUUAAAUAUUUGAACAUACUGUAUAUAGUGGGAGUGUUUCAGCGAGGAAUGCUGAAGCUGCAUGGAGCCUGAGGGGUGAGCAUGAGGUUAGUCAUGCUAUCCUAUAGCACCAAAGAAUUUUACACCUAGAUCUUUGUUGUGGUCAUGAGGGCUCCUAUAGUCUUGUAGAUUAUGCUACAGUGACAUGCUUGGUUUUUCUUAGUCUGUACUGAUUGUGUGGCUGUAUGGUUGCAUGUUUGCGAGAAGUAAAGUGGAUCACAGUGCAGCCGAUAGCCAAUCAGGGAGGGGGGCUAAUAGUCUAAUCAGCACUCCUGCUUGUGUCGAGCCAAAGGGAUGAGUCAGUUGCACGGCAGUCACAUGUCAACGGCUUGGAGAUUGGAGAAGUCACAUCAUCUCUGACGGACAGCUCACGAGAUUACAGACUAUGUCAAGAAAAAAAAACACACACGCCCUGUUGCUCUGUUUACCCUGUUCACACUUUAAUUUCAGGACUGUCAAAACCCCUAAAGUACAAGUCUGUGCUUGUGUGCUUUGGUAGAAAGCUGUAUGCGGACGACGACUAUAACCAGUGCAGCCUUUUUAAAGUGAGCAGCCUUCAGGUGUCUCAGCUCUGAAAUGGGGUGGUGUUGAAAGAGCACUAUUUUUGAUAAUGACAAAGUAAACACAGAUAAAGUUGCAAAACCUGAUUUAAUCAGCCAAGGGGGCCAGCGCAGGCUGACACAGAGCAGGAUACAAUCAGGCACGGCAUAACCCAGAAUUUUAAAUGGAGGGAAUCAGAUAAAAGAGCAGCACAUGCACGCAGGUCUGGGGCUAUGUCUGUUUAAUCAAUCUGCCCUCACAUUGUUAGCUGGGAGUAGAGAGGGCGUGAGUGAGUGAGAGAGAGAGAGAGAGAGAGAGAGAAAAGGGGAGAGUGAGUGAGUGAGAGAGAGGGAGAGAGAGAGAGACGUAAAGCUGAUUACUGUCCAGCUUACAAUUGGCCAGAGUUCACACUCAGUGGAGCCACACAGACACACCACCACCACUCCAAAGAGAUUGUUUUGUGCCUUGUCCACUCUGACUGCUCGGACUGAGACGAGGGCCCACUGUGCGGGGAUAUAAAUAAGGACACAUUCUGAUGUCACAGUACUGGGCGGGCACCAAAGGAGAUCGUCUAAGAGCAAAGCCCCCCCGCCUCCGCCGGCCGUGAAGGACCUUGAUGGUCCACCACUCUCCCCCACAGCACUUGGCUACCAGCGCGCGGCCAUGGAACAGCAGCAGGACAACCCCCUGGAGCGGGACCUGACCCUGGUGGUGGUGCUGCCCGAGGGGGAUGAGAAGACCACUGUGGUCCACGGCAGCAAACCCUUGAUGGACUUGUUAAUAACGCUUUGCGCAAAGUACCAUCUGAACCCGUCUGGACACACCAUCGAGCUGGUCUCCACAAACCGGAACCACAUCAAAUUCAAGCCCAACGCUUUGAUAGGAACCCUGGAGGCCGAGAAGAUCCUGCUCAAGCCCAAGGGCAUGGAGGAGAAGAACAAGAAGGUCGGGCCUCAGAUGCCGGAGGCAACCGUGCGCCUGGUCAUAAACUACAAGAAGACGCAGAAGACCAUUCUCCGAGUCAGCCCCAAGGUCCCACUCAACCAUCUCCUGCCAGCCAUUUGUGAGAAAUGUGAAUUUGACACGACGACGACCAUCUUGCUGAGAAACGUGCAGUCAGACGAGCCACUGGACCUGACCAACUCCCUCCACGACUUCGGCAUCCGGGAAGUUUAUGCAAGGGACACAAAAGCAAUGAGCCCAACAGAACUGCCUCCUUCACCAACUCAUUCAGAUACACUUUGUCUGUCAGCCAGGAAGGACAAGAGUCAGAAAGAGCGAGAGAAUAAAGAGAACAAAGGACUGUUCAGCCUGUUCAGGAGGAGUCGAAAGAAGUCUGAUCAGCCAAUGACGGUGAGCGCCCCAGCGUCCCCCAUCCUGAGGAAACCGAGACCGGUCAGUAUGUGUGCCCUCCCGUCGCACACGUCCAGCUACAGCUCCAACACCAUGCCGUCGGACGGGCCAAAGAAGCGGCGAGCGCCCUUGCCCCCCACCAUGAUGUCAUCGGACACCACCGCUGACCAGGGGGCAGAUCAGGAGGCUAAGCCUCAGUCUCCCACACAGACAGAUGGACAUCAGGACCAUCCCUCCGUGAGUCGAGCAUCCUCCUCCGAGUCGUCGCUGAAGAGGACCAAGCGGAAGGCACCUCCUCCGCCCACCUCCACCUCCACCCCCACCCCCAGCCCCUCUCCCCCCGAGGAGGCUCCGGCAGAGAGGAGUCUGACAGGAAUUCCAUUGCAGGCCCCUCUGGAGGAAAUUGGGGAGCAGGAGGAGGAGUCCCUGGCACCCACUCCCGUCGAGGAGGAGUCGGGUGAGUCUGCGGCGCCUCGGGAAGAGUCGGGGUCCUCUCCGCUCCAGGCCUCCAGCGCUCUGGGCCACACCCAGGAAGAUGACAGCAGCCUCAACUUGUCCGCCGACAUCUCCAUGGACUCGGAGCCAGGAGAGGCAUCCUCGCCAACCCACGACUCCGACAUGCUGAGCCUCUCGGCGUUCGAGGACACGGGGGAAGAUCAGUCAUGUGAUCUGUCCUCACAUGGCAAACUAGCUGGCAGCUUGAUGAGCAGCGAGGAGUACACCACUCAGAUGCUAAGCGCGGAAGCACAGGCUGCCCCCAAGGGUGAAGAUGAGGACAGUGGUAUGGAGCCUGCAGUGGAGAGCAGUGAGCAGGAUGCCUCGUCUGCUCAGGAAGCCACAGUGCCUGAUGAGUUUCCUGGAGGUGGUGCAGACCCAAGGCGCUCACCUGGGGCUGCUGGAUCUCCGCAACACCCACCUGACACCCCACAGCCCCAGGUGGCAGAGGAGCCCUCACUGGAUGCGGCGGGCAGCAGAGCGGCCAGUGCUCUGGAGGAAUGCACACGGGGCGAGGCAAUAAGUGGCGCGUCUUCCCCUACCAACGCUCCCGGGGCCACCUCCAAGCCCGAGCCCCAGCCAACGCCACCGCCACCGCCGUCCGCCGAGCUGCAGAGAGACACGGCCACGUCUACUGAGGAACUCACCAGCCCGGAGGCUGUGUCUCCUGUUGCUUAUCCCCCCACGCCUAGCCCUCCCCGCACCCCAGCCCCCACUCCUACCCUGGUGCCCACCGGCGCCAAGGGAGGCCCAGUCACCGAGGCCAAGCCCAAGCCAAAACCUUCCAAUGAGGUGACCCGGGACUACAUCCCCAAGGUGGGCAUGACCACCUACACCAUCGUGCCUCAGAAGUCCCUGGAGAAGCUGCGCUACUUUGAGGUGGAGCUGACACUGGAGGCGCCGCCCGUGGCCCCUCCCGAGGCCGAGGUCGUAGACGACGACGUGGCGAAGACUCACGAUGAGUCGGCGACCGCAGCGCAGCCUGCAGACGCUCCCCCCGCCGCCCCCGGAGCUGACCCGCCACUCAGGAAUGGGGCCGAGCCGAGCGACUCACCCGCCGCGUCCCCCUCACAGACGUCUAUUUCAGCGUCCCUCCCAGCCGGGGAGGCUGCAAGCGCCGGCCGCCAACCCGAGGAGCCAGAGCAGGCUGUUCCGACAGAGCCAGCGGGGGAGGCCAAGGAAAAGAAAGUUCCACCCGCAACUAAGCCCAAACCUGCCUCUUUCCGCUUGCCACAGCACAAACGAACACCUGGGUAUUAUGUAACCUCGGCAGCAGUGAAGAGUGCUGGUGGUGGCCACAAGGAGGCUGCUGCUGCUGCUGCUGCUGCAGGGGGCCAGCCCAGGGAGCCCAGCCCUCAGGCUGGGGACGAGGCCGCAGUGGAGCGAGUGGAGGAGGUGGUGGUGGUGGUGGAGGAGGAGGAGAAGGAGGAGGAGGAAGACUGGUUGUUCCCUCCACCGCCGCCACGGGAGCCUGCUGGAGAGGUGGAGCAGGCGGGGCAAUCCCUGGCAAGUGCUCCAGCAGAGCCAGCCCAGAAACCAGCAGCCACCAGCCCCAGCCCCAGUCCUAGCCCCAGCAGUGGGUACCCUGAUACCAUCCUGACGAGGCAGGGCAGCCUGCCUGCUAAGCCGCCCUCCCCUGGGCUCAGCCUGGAGAAACUGCGCAGCUUUGCGGCACCCAAGCCCUACUCCCCGACCUCGCCAUCCCGCUUCGCCCAGGCCGUGUCCUCGGCGGUCAAGAGGUCCCAUUCCCACAGCCAAGGCCCUGUGGCCGUUGGGCAGACUACACGCAAAGUGCCCCUCUACCCCCUCGCCGGCCACAGCCCUAUAAGAGAGAUGACAGAGCCCUUAAAAAACACGGUGACAGACAAUGGGGAGCGAGACGACAAAUGUCCAGGUGCACAGGGAGCCGAGGGGGCCGUGACCAGCUCUGCCGGCGAGGCCGCGGGAUCCACGGAAACCCAGAGCCAAGAGUCGGCCACGCGGGACCACAGCCAUGGAAACGGAGCGCCCGACACACCCCCCGUGUCAGGAGUUCCUCCCUCAACGACGCUGCUGCGGAGAUCAGGCGAGAUGCAGGCGGCACAUGAGGAGUAGACGGGGGGUGGGCUAGGGAGGUUGACAGGAGGAGGGAGCGUUGGAGGUGGCGAAGGGUGGUUGUCACACGGUUGGCACACCCCAGUGGCGUCCUGUUGAGUCUUUGGUUCCUGAUGUUGAGAGAUUCGCUUUCUUUUCAUUUUGAACGAGUUUGUUUGACUUUUAAACAACUAAAUACAUAAUUUCUCAGUAAUUGUGCAACAAGUUGGUGCAUAUGUAAGCUUGAAAACAGACUUUUGAGGGUUCCUAUGAAUAUUGAAUUCUGUAUGUGUAAACGUUGCAAAAAUGUUUCUAUUGUAUUGGGUGUUUUUGCCUUUUAAAUUAUUAGUCAUAAAAUAAAGAUGUAAUUAUAUACCAAUGUGAAAAAUGGUACUUCUCAAAAUGUGUCCCUCAGUACAUUUUUUACUUGUCUGGUUAACUAAGCUGUGCCCUGAAGACACUGGUAUAAUCUAUAUUGCUCGGGAUUUGAAACUGCUGUAAGAUCUUAAGUCGUUCUUCUGUCUAUUAAAUCAUAUGAAAACUGUA